CAACUUUUUAUUAGUUUUUGUUAAAAUUUCGGGAAAUAUUUGUGGAGGAUAGCAAGUAGCGUCCUUUUUUUUAUGUUUUCUCUCUAAAGUGACAAAAACCAUGAUUCCGAAAGGACAAUAUUUAGCUACUUUGGCAGUGUCUCUGGGUGGAUUUUCAGCUGGUACCAUGCUCGGCUGGACCUCACCAGCAUUCGAACACUUGAAACCAACCGAGGCAAACACUACCUCCUCAAACACUACCCUUUUCGAAGUGUCACUAUCGCAAGAAUCAGCAAUAUGCGCCAUGCUAUCCGUUGGAGCGCUAGCAUUCGGUAUACCAUCGGGAAAAUUAGCUGACAAGCUAGGAAGAAAGCCAGUUUUACAGCUACUCUCCAUCUUAUACACUCUGGCUUGGGUUAUAUCAGCUCUAGCUUGGGACGCAGCUACCCUGAUCGUAGCCAGGUUCGUAGGAGGCCUAGCCGUAGGUGGAGCAUGCGCAGUUUGUCCUAUGUACAUCGGAGAAAUAGCUGAUAACCGAAACAGAGGAAUCUUAGGGUCAUUUUUCAGUAAUUUCCUCGGUUUGGGGGUACUCUACACCAGUAUCAUUGGUUCUUUUACUGGCUGGCUCGGCUUGAACGUAGGACUGGGAAUUUUUUCAGUUUUAUUUGGACUAACUUUGAUCUGUAUACCUGAAACGCCAGUUUUUCUGAUCGGGAUGGAUAAACUAGAAGAAGCAAAGAAGUCUUUGAUGUUUUUGAAAGGCGAUGUUGCAGUUGCAUCAGAAGAAUUGACAUCGUUGCAAAGAAACCAGCCAGAAACUCAAAACUCAGUGACUCUAGCAGAGUUUUUCAAGGAGAAGAGUUACAGAUCAAGCCUGAUAGCUGGUCUAGGAAUUUUUAUCUUGCAACAAACCUGUGGUAUUAAUCCUGUAGUUUUUUAUAGCGUUCCCAUCUUUAGAGAAGCAGGAAUAUCUCUACCACCUUCUUCAAUCUCUAUAAUGAUAAAUUCUAUAGCUCUAGCAACAGGAAUUGGUGUUGUAUUCCUGAUUGAGAAAAAAGGAAGAAAGUAUUUCUUGCUUUUAUCUGCGUGGUCGAUGUUUUUAGGAGCUGUAGGUCUAGGACUCUUUUUCCAUUUGAAAUCAGAGCAAGUAAAUAUUACUGGAAUAUUCCAGACUAUUCCAGUAUUAAGUGCAGUGCUCAUUCUUUCUGGAUUUGCUCUAGGGUUCGGUCCCAUUCCCUGGGUACUUAUCAGUGAGUUGUACUCUGUGGAAGUACGAGGAAUAGCUAGUGGAGUGAACACAUCAGUGAAUUGGACUACCUGCGUCUUGAUCACGUCUACCUUCCCGAUUUUGCUGAAGUAUAUCGGGAAUUAUUUGACGUUUUACAUGUACGGGGUGUUUAAUUUUGCGAGCGUACUGUUUAUUUGGUUUUUAGUGCCGGAGACAAAGACUGGUCUUAGGAAAUAGAUGAUCUUUUAUAACAAAUACU